CAGCAGUAGACGAGGAAGCYGUAUUAAGUGCAGAGCUAAGUGAACACUCUCCUUCCAGACUGUAAAAACUAUAGUAUCUGCAACUUUUCCCAUUGUAUUGUCUAAUGAAUGGAAAUAUUAGAUAUCAGUCAUUGAGCUAAUUGUAGUCGCGUGCAUGGCUUGAUAAAUAAUGUGCAGAGUACACGAUUGAAGAGAAAGUGCAUUGACAAUUGAUAUCUGGAGAUAAUCAUGCUUCAUUUGAGACAGUUGGCUUGCAGUUGGUGGUCGUGUCUCCUUCACAGUAGAGUACCAUGUGUGAAAACAUUGGUCCAUGGAGAUCAGAGGAGACUGUUCAACACCUCAAACAGCCGUAUGACAAUAAUGCCUGCUUGGGUUAUCGAUAGAUACGGCAGCAAUGAUGUCCUACGGUUCACUAAAAACGCCAGCUUCCCAAUCAUCAACUAUCCGAAUGAAGUCGUCGUUCAAGUUCAUGCCGCAGGUCUAAACCCCAUUGACGUCAGCAUGAGAGGCGGGUAUGGGGCUGCCACUAUGGCCAUGAAGAGAGACCCCCUGAACAUCAAGCAGUCGGGCAGUGAGUUCCCCCUCAUUCUGGGKCGAGAUAUGUCCGGAGUCAUCAUGGAGUGUGGUCUGGAUGUGACACCAGCCUACUUUAAAGAGGGGGAUGAGGUGUGGGCGGCCAUUCCCCCAUGGAAACAAGGCAGCCUGGCUGAGUUUGUGGUGUUGAGUGCAAAUGAGGUGUCCAAAAAGCCCAAAUGUCUGAGUCACAUAGAGGCGGCGGCUGUUCCUUACGUGGCUGCCACAGCCUGGUCUGCCCUAGUCAACACAGGAGGCCUCAACAAGGACAACUGUGCCAAGAAACGCAUUCUGAUCCUGGGAGGUUCAGGAGGAGUCGGAACAUUUUCCAUACAGAUGCUCAAGGCCUGGGGAGCCCAUGUGACAGUAACCUGCUCCCAGAAUGCCGAGCGGCUGGUGAGGGGUCUAGGGGCGGAUCACGUGGUGGACUACACAGCUGGGCCUGUUGAGGUGCCCCUGAGGGUGCUGGAAAAGUUUGAUCUGGUUCUGGAUAAUGUGGGCGGGGACACAGAGAGCUGGGCGCUGGGCCUGCUGAAGCCGUGGUGCGGCGCCAAGUAUGUAACACUGGUAACGCCCUUCCUCUGUAACACUGACCGGCUAGGUAUCGCUGAUGGAAUGCUCCAGACCGGGGUCACCGUGGCAUCCAAGGCCCUCAAGCAUUUAUCCAAGGGAGUGCACUAUCGCUGGGGGAUGUUUGCACCCAACGGACUUGCCCUGGAUGACAUCAGCGAGAUGGUGGAUGCAGGAAAGAUCCGUGCGGUGGUGGAGGAGGAGUUUACCUUCUCCCAGGUGCCCCAGGCCAUGCUGAAGGUAGAGAAGGGACACGCUCGGGGGAAGACUGUGGUCAAGAUCAGCAGCGGAGAGGACUCAUCCGAGUAACCAGCGAAAUCCUUAGGCAUCCAUUAUGAGAAAUUAUCCUUUAUGAUCGUCUGUGCUAAGGCUAUGACUGUGUGUCUGUCUGAGAAGAGGCUGCCUGUUGUAGCUAUGUGAUAAGUAAAACGUAUUCAAGUCCUUGA